UCAGGAGAGGGAGGCAGAGGUAACGGCGGUGGCGUGACCGUCGUGGACGGAGCUUAACGGUAAAAACCUCGAUCAGGUGGAGGAAUCGACGUGGACAUGAGAAAGGAGAGAGGAGCUGCAGUAUUGAACAGAUACUGAACUCAACAUCAUCAUCAUUUAGUGAAGUCAUCAUCAGCACUCUGUAAACUGGCACUGACAGAGCAUGUCAGACCCAUUUCUCGAUGUCCUGGAAACUGCCGAUCAGGCUGAGGGCCUGCCCAUCUCCUCCCCUGGGGCCUUUCCUGGUCCUGAGGAUGAAGACGUGAAGCAUGGUGCGAGGGUCGGCAAGAGGAAGGACCGCUACCGACACAACCUGCAUCUUCUGAAGCCUUUCAGGACCUCAAAGAAGAAUAAGCAUCCAGUGGACAACGCGGGCCUUUUCUCCUUCAUGACCCUGUCGUGGAUGUCCCCGCUUGCCCGGAAGGCCUAUAAGAAGUCCACUCUAGGGCUGGACGAUGUCUGGGCCCUGUCCUCCUGGGAGGCAUGUGACACCAACUGCCAGAGGCUGGAGCUGCUGUGGCACGACGAGCUGAAAAGGAGAGGCAGACAGGGAGCCUCCCUGGCUAGAGUCUUCUGGAAGUUCUGUCAGACCCGUGUGAUAGUGGCGGCCUUCGCUAUCCUCAUCGCCAUGUUGGCAGGCUUUGCAACAUCUGCCUUCCUGGUGCGAGCUUUGCUGGAGUACUCCCAGGGUGCAGAGUCGCAGCUGCUCUAUGGGCUGUCUUUGGUAGGCAGCAUCUUCCUGGUAGAAAUGUACCGCUCAUGGAACAUGGCCCUGAUGUGGGCCAUCAACUACCGCACUGCCACCCGGCUGCGGGCAGCAGCUCUUACCUUCGCCUUCCGCAAGGUCUUAAGUGUGCGCAGCACCAAGGAUGUCAGUGCUGGGGAGCUGGUGAACAUGUGUUCCAGUGAUGGGCAGCGGCUAUAUGAGGCUGUCACGAUGGUCAGCCUGCUGGUGACAGGGCCUGCCGUGAUGGUCAUGGGUUUGGCCUAUACCACCAACCUAUUGGGACCAACAGCCCUUGUGGGCUCUGUCAUCUUCAUCAUCUUUUAUCCUUUUGUGAUGCUUGCCUCUCGCCUGACAGCCUACUUCCGGAAGAAGUGCGUAAGAGUGACCGACCAGCGAGUGCGGCUCAUGAAUGAGAUCCUGGGCUUCAUCAAGUUCAUCAAGAUGUACUGCUGGGAGUCAGCAUUUGCCCAGAGCAUUCAAAAGGUACGGUCAAAGGAGAGGGGGAUCCUGGAGAAGGCUGGCUUCACACAGGGCAUCACAGUAGGCUUCGCCCCCAUCGUGGUGAUGAUUGCUAGUGUGUGCACCUUCACCCUACACACAGCUUUGGGCAACGACCUGACUGCGGCAGAGGCCUUCACUGUCGUUGCCAUCUUCAACUCUAUGACCUUUGCCUUGAAAGUGACGCCUGGCUCUCUGCGUGCUUUGUCUGAAGCUUCCAUAGCAGUCAAGCGAUUUCAGAGGCUGUUCAUGCUGGAAGACCGAGAGGUGCUCUCCGUAAAGCUGGAGGACCCAAGCAAUGCUGUUGAGUUCCGAGACGCAACCCUGGUCUGGGACGUGUUUCGCAAGAAUGGAGGUGACAGUGGUGUUCCAGGGCAGCAGGAAGGAGGAAGCAAUGGGCUAAACAGGCACAACCUCCUGGGUGACAUGGAGCAGGACAGCCCCCAGAGCACCAUGUCCUCUGCCAGAAGCUUCCGGCCAUACCACAAAGGGCUUAACCACAUCAACCUGCGUGUCAAAAAGGGGACACUGUUGGGCAUCUGUGGUGGUGUGGGAAGCGGAAAGAGCUCACUGCUUUCCACCAUGCUUGGACAGAUGAAGCUGCUUGCGGGCUCAGUUGCCGUCAGUGGGGGUCUUGCCUACGUGGCCCAGCAGGCAUGGAUCUUCAAUGACACGCUGAGGGAGAACAUCCUGUUUGGGAAGGAAUACGACAAAGAGAGGUACAAUUUGGUUCUUGAUGCCUGCUGCUUAAAUUCGGAUAUUGCUGAGCUUCCUGAUGGUGACAUGACUGAGAUCGGGGAGCGGGGCACCAACCUGAGCGGUGGCCAGCGGCAGCGGGUGAGUCUGGCCCGAGCUCUGUACAGCGAAAGGCCCAUUCUGCUGCUGGAUGACCCACUCAGCGCCAUCGACGCGCACGUGGCCACUCACAUCUUCCACAGCGCCAUCCAGGGAGUGGCUCGUGGCAGGACGGUGCUCUUUGUGACCCAUCAGUUACAGUACCUGCCAGACUGUGACGAGGUACUGCUAAUGAAGGACGGGCAGAUUGCCGAGUGGGGCACUCACACCGAACUACUGGACAAGGAGCGCGAAUACGCAACCCUUUUCACUGGCAUGCAGUAUGAGAGCCUGGUGUGCAAGAACCUGAGGAACAAGCAGAGGGCCCGCAAGGACAAACUGAAGGUCCUGUCCACGGCAGACAAAGCACCUGCUCUGGUAGACGGAAAAAAAGGAGGUAAGCUGAUGACAGCGGAGGAGAAGGGCACGGGAGCCCUCUCGUGGACAGUCUACUGGUCCUACAUCGGAGCAGCUGGAGGCCUCCUGGUCUUUAUCCUCAACAUUAUGCUCUUCAUCGGUACCACUGGCAGCAUGGCUUUCUGCAACUGGUGGCUGAGCUAUUGGAUCAAGCAGGGCAGCGGGAACACCUCCGUGGUUAUGAACAACGAGACCAUCAUCAAUGACAGCCUGAGACUGAACCCCCACAAGCAGUACUACUGCAUGGUGUACAUGCUGUCCAUGGGGGUGGUGCUGCUGCUCAAGACCAUACGUGGAUUGGUGUUUGUGAAGAGCACCCUCCGGGCUUCCUCGGUGCUCCACGACAAGUUAUUUCAGAAAAUCCUCUACAGCCCAAUGGUGUUCUUUGACACCACUCCACUGGGCCGUAUUCUCACCCGCUUCUCUCGAGACAUUGAUGAAGUUGAUGUACGCCUGACCAUGAAGGCAGAAGUACUACUUCAGAAUCUGAGCCUAGUGAUGUUCUGCCUGGGUGUGGUCAGUGUCAUCUUCCCCUGGUUCCUCCUGUCCAUCCUGCCCCUCGGGACCUUCCUCUACCUGCUCACGCGUAUCUCCAGAGUUCUAACUCGUGAGCUGAAGCGGCUGGACAACAUCAGCCUUUCGCCCUUUACCUCGCACAUAACAAGCAGUCUCCAAGGCCUUUCCACCAUCCACGCCUACGCCAGGGGGCCAGACUUCCUGAGCAAGUACCGAAUCCUUCUCGACACGAACCAGGCACCUCACUUCCUGUUUAAUUGCGCCAUUCGAUGGCUGGUUGUGCGCCUGGACUUCAUCAGCAUCAGUCUGAUUACUGCUGUGGCUCUGCUCAUUGUCCUCACGCAUGGCCAUAUCCCCCCAGCCUACGCGGGCCUGGCCAUCUCCUACGUUGUCCAGCUCACAGGUCUGUUUCAGUUCACUGUGCGACUCCUCUCGGAGACAGAAGCUCACUUCACAUCAGUGGAGCGGAUCAAUCAUUACAUAAAGAACCUGAGUGCAGACGGUCUUCAGUGCGGUUCCCUGAGCAGCCCUCCUGACCCUUGUUGGCCACAGAAAGGACGCAUCUGUUUUGAGAAUGUGGAGAUGCGUUACCGUGACAACUUGCCAAUGGUUCUUAAGAAGCUGUCCUUCGCCAUCCAGCCAGAGGAGACUGUAGGCAUCGUGGGCCGCACAGGUUCAGGGAAAUCCUCUCUGGGCGUCGCCCUAUUUAGGCUAGUGGAGCUGGCUGGUGGCUCCAUCACUAUCGAUGGUGUGGACAUUGCCCAGAUUGGCCUGGAGAACCUGAGGACCAAGCUGUCAGUCAUCCCACAGGACCCUGUGCUGUUCAUCGGCACCAUCAGGUCCAACCUGGACCCCUGGAGCCAUUUCACAGACAGUGAGAUCUGGGAGGUGCUGGAAAAGACCCAUAUGAAAGACACAAUUGGCCAGCUGCCUGAGCUGCUGGAAACUGAGGUGCUGGAGAAUGGUGAGAACUUCUCAGUAGGAGAGCGCCAGCUGCUGUGUAUGGCCAGAGCCCUGCUAAGACACAGCAAGAUCUUGCUACUAGAUGAGGCAACAGCAGCCAUUGAUACAGAGACCGACCGGCUAAUCCAGGAGACCAUCCGACAGUCUUUUGGGGACUGUACCAUCCUGGUCAUUGCCCAUCGCCUGAACACUGUGCUGAACUGUAACAGGGUCAUGGUGCUAGACAAAGGCCAGAUCGUGGAAUUUGAUUCCCCUUCAACCCUACUGGCCAACGAGAACUCCUGGUUUCAUGCCAUGCUCAUGACAGCAGAAGCAGAGGCAGAUGGUACCCUAUCCCCUUCAGAUGUCAUCUGAAGGAGACAUCCUGGCCUUGUCAACCGCAACGUGGUGGCCAAGGUUUUGGGAAAUUCUGAGAAGACUGUUUUAAAUAUGGCAUAUUGUGUUCCAGACUACUGUUGAUUCAGCAGCAUAACAUCACUUGUGAACAUGUGACUGCCAUGUAAUGAAGAGUUCAGACUGCCAAGUCUAGUGAUUCCUGGUACAGCAGUUACCACGUUGGUGCAAGAGGACCAAAAAACUUUGGCUCUGAGAAACUUAAUUGCUGCAGUGUGCUGCUUUCUUUUGCAUCAGGAAAGCUAAUGAAUCACUGACUCCCAGUGGGGUCUUUUUUAAUACAUUUGUCUACUGCUCUGUCUCAACAGGGAAAGUGUUAUCCACAGUUGGUCAGUGGAAUCAGUCUUCAUGCUGCAGUGACUUUUUACCCUGUUAUCAGGAUUCUGCCUGAAAGGAAGUGACAUGGACUUUGAGUACUUUGGCCUUUCAAAUCAAAGAAAUCUUACUGAGCAUUAUGCAGUUAGUCUGUGUUCCAGAGAUUAUGUAGUCAAUCACAUAUGAGAAAUCCACCAUGUAUCAAUCAAUAUUUAUCAAUUUUAAAAAAAUUUAAAACACUUUUUAAAAAUCAACAGAAUAGCUAAAUGAAACAUAUUCUGCUAAAGCUACUAAAGAGCUCAUGAAUAUAAACCUAUUAAAAAGUCAGAUGGCAAAUCAAAGAUGUGAUAGUAUACAGUGAAAAUCAAGGGAAAAUGGGGUUAGGUGAGCAACUGAUAUACUGAAAAAAUUGUUUUUUUUUUUUUAAUGUUCUUACACUGCUUUUCUUGGUCUCAGAAACAUCUGCUUCUGUCUGUAUGUAAUACUGCGUCCUUGACAGCCUGCUCUCCAAACCAUCAAUACAGUGUCCCAAAGCAUUAUUUUUCUAUGUUUUACAUCAUUUUCUUUGUUCAAAUCUGAACAUGUGCACAGAUGCAGCCUGAUGCAAAAGUCUGAUGAGACAGAAAGUUACCUUUGACAAAGUCCUCCAUCUCCUUAUAUGCACACUAUCAUUAACAAGGCCUCUGUAAAUAUGAAACACAAAUAUCUCAGCAAUGUACCCCAUGGGAAAGUCAUGUGAGUGGUACUAAAAUACUUUGCUUGUAAAACUGACAGUGACUCAAUACUUGGCAUUUUUUUUUAAAUGUACUUGCACUGAAAAGCAAUAAUAUGUACAUGUUAGUCUUGGGCCAGCAUGUACUGACUCUCCUAUGCAAAACAC